ACUUUACCUCAUACCUGCACACCUAGUCGACACACUCUCCAUGACACUGGAACUAUAGUAUUACCUACACAAGACUACUACUCAUCCAGAUGAACAGAAACCAAAGUUAAUUUCAAUGCUGGGGCCAUUUUGCAAGUCCGUGGACCCGGAUGGUGUCCAUCUUCUGACAACCCCCUCCAGGGGUCUGAUGCAUUCUAGUCCCAUGGUAAUGUCCUGAUUUGAUACAACAGUGGCAGUGUGUAUACUCAGCGUGGCAAUAGUCAUCAGUGUAAACCAGACGCUGCAGCGGUUGUCUUCUAUGACGAAUGGAUAUGGCGUUUUUGCUGUCUGGUAGUUCGUAUUGGCUGCUGACGUUUGCCAUUGCUCUGAUGACUGCAGGGUACAUGAAACGGUUUAUCAGUCGUCCUCGAAAUCUCCCCCCUGGGCCAACAGGUCUGCCUUUCCUCGGUGUUGCUUUGACAAUCUUCAGAUCUGACCCUCUUGCACUGUUCUCAUCAUGGGCUGACCGGUACGGGGAUAUUGUCUCGUUCAAUGUCGGACCGUCUGUGUUAGUUAUUUUGAACUCUUACCAUGUCGUCAAAGAAGCCUUCAGGCACCCAGACCUUCAGAAUCGACAUCGAAGCCAAUUGAUGAAAGAGAUAUCAGGAGGAGAGGGCAACAAUGGUAUACUGCUGUCCGAUGGGGAACGCUGGAAGGAGCAUCGGAAUUUCGUCCAUUCCGUCUUCCGAAAUCUUGGCGUGGGUAAGAAGAGUUAUGAAGAGAUUGUUGCAAAAGAAAUGCAGCAACUUGCUGAUGCCAUUGAUGAAAAAAGAGGAACACCGUUUGACCCGAACAUCUUGUUUGGUCAAGCGGUGGCCAACAUCAUCUGCUCUAUCGUUUUCGGGACACAGUACAAAUACAGCGACAAGGAUUUCAAGCGCAUAUUGGAGCUUGUAAAGAAAAACUUGGAAUUAUUUGGGGCUGCCGCAUGGAUAAUCCUCUUCCCGUUCCCAGGUAUAUCAAAGAUCCCUUUCGGUAAGGUCAGAGACAUCGUGUCCAACACAAAGGAGCUAAACAAGUUUGUCUGGAAACUGAUCGAAUCUCAUGAAGCGACCUUUGACCCCGAUCAGCAGAAGGAUUUGAUCGAUCAGUACCUGUAUAAGAUGCAACAAGCAAAGGGAACAGAUACAUCAUUUACUCUACGUAACCUAGAAGCUGUAAUCAAAGACCUAUUUUUUGCUGGAACAGAUACCACAACGAACACGCUCAAUUGGUGUAUCCUUUUCAUGAUGGUUCACCCCGAUAUCCAGUCACGUGUCCAGGACGAAAUCGAUCACGUGAUUGAAAGAAACCGCCUCCCGAAGCUCGACGAUCGACAGAAUCUCCCUUACACGAACGCUGUGUUAAUGGAGAUUCAAAGGAAGGCUGCUGUACUUGCACUAGGCGUUCCCCACGUAGCAGCUGCUGACACACAGGUGGCGGGCUUCACAAUUCCCAAGGGCGCCACCAUUGUUUCGAAUCUGUACAAUGUUUUCAAUCGAGAGGACCUGUGGGAAAACGAUGAUUUUCGACCUGAAAGAUUUCUUACUAAAGAUGGAGAGUUCGUAAAACGGGAUGAGUUGAUAUUUUUCAGCAGUGGUCGUCGGAUGUGUCUCGGUGAACGGCUAGCCAAGAUGGAGACAUUUCUUGGUUUCACAAGUCUCCUGCAAAAAUUCACCUUCGGGAAACCAAACAACUCACCACCGCUCUCUCUUGCCGGAGCUCUGGGAAGCACAAGGAACACCAUAUCGUAUCUCACCUGUGCCACCCCAAGACAGCAAAUUGUGUAGGCCGCAGCAUUAUCCGAUAAUGUUCCAGUAAACGCACACACACACACACGCACACACCCUCACACACCCUCGCACACAUCCUCAUACGCACGCCCACACGCGCACACAAACACACAUUUACCAACACAAACUAAAACACAAUUACACAAAUAUUGUAGAUGGGUGACAAGUUUAUCUUUAAACGCAAAAGUGAGGACUUGUGUGUAAUGUCGUAUUAAUCACUAGGCUCCUUUGUUGGCCACUGUAUACACAUAUCGUGUGCGUAUCGUGGCGUCACAAGUCCCUUUGAUUUUACUGGCAAUCUUGAUGACGUCAACAAUUUCCUUCAUUUUGAUUGGCCUCUGAAAAGGAGCUUGGUUGAUGACAACAAUAAUGCAUAAUGCAAAAGAUGGUACGAAGAACGCCAAUUCUAAUAAAUACUAAAAGCGAAAGAACAAUGUGUUUUCCAGGUGCUAGUCGAAUCUUGGAUUCUGUUUUUAACAUCGUGGCUUAUUUUUAGAGUUAAGGAAUCGAGAUUGCAACUCAAAUAAAUUAUUGAGGUUUUGAAUCGAUUUAGUGAUCCAUUGGUCCAAGUGCUUGGCCACACUGGACUUUUUAUUAUUAAAGUGUGAACAUGACCUGGAUAUCAGUAGAGCAUUAUUUUAUUCAUUACUCCGGCAAUGUAAGCAAGAUAAAUAUUGUGUAUACUUGCGGAGGAAUCUGGAUUUGGCCUUUUAACUUAUUGGUUUAAUUUGGAGUUAAUAAAUGAAAUAAGAGUGUAACUCUUCUGAUAUUUUACAAUAAAUUUUAAAUGAUUGGGCGUGGCUUAUUCAAAGCUGGUUUCCACGGUGAUACUACACAUUACGGCAUGUUUAAUGCCCAAUUCCGAAAAAAUCUGAACAUUUCCUUUAGUUUGAUGUAUGAUUUUGCUUUGAUCCAGCCGGGGGAUCAAAGUUAAGAAAUAAGGCACUUUUUGGCUUCUGGCCGUUCACCUAUGAAGGACUAUAUCAAUAUUGCGACUGCGAUGUGCGACCUGAUUUUUUUUUGGUGACCUGAAAAUGAACAAUUUUAUGGACUCUUAUCUGCUUCUAUGAUUAUUACCCUUUUACACACUCUUUAAAAUGUCAAUUCUGAUUUAUUUUGUAAUUUCUUCCCUUUUUAAAAAUAUUGUUGGCUGUUAGUUUUAUUUCAACAACAUUAGGACUAUAUGAAUAAUGCGAGUGCGAUGCGCGAGCUAUUAUUUUUUAGAAAAAAAAUUGAACUGAAAAUGGACCAUUUUGAGGACUCGUAUCGGUUUUCAUAUUUAUAUCUCUGGUAAACACUUUUUAAGAUUUCAUUUCUCAUUUCAUUUGCAUUUCCUAUCUCAUUUAACUUGAAUAAGGAAAAAUGACAAAAAUUUAGUGAUAUCUCAAAUGAUGGUAAAAUAAAGGAGGCACACCACAUGCGAUCGGCUGUGGGAAGGAGUAAAUAAAAAGAUAAAUAUAUCAAGUACAAAAGCAGAAUCAUGAACAUGUUCAUGAACGUGUAAUUCUAUUUCAUCCUGGAUUUUUUUCUGUCCACGCACCUGUUUGUAGCAGUUUCAGAAAGAAUACAAUCUACUAUUAUGUCAUGUUUGGACGCAGUGAAUCAACAUACAUCCACUCCAUGGCUCUGUAAGGUGACAUGAGCUUGCAGUAAUACAUUCCUGCAAGAUUCACCAUUGGAAAAUCCUCAUCUGUGUAGAGUGAAGUGGAAGUCACCUACGAAAGGAAUAAAAGCAACGAAACCAGAGAAAUGAAAGAAAUAUUACGUAAGGACCGAAAUUCAAAGAUUAUCGAGCGUCAUGCAAAGGAUCUGCUGCGUUAAAUUUCAAGUAAACAUCAGAAGUUGAAUACACGAUUGGGGAAAAUUUCCUUUUAUACAUCCUUAAAUAAAAUGGUUCAUAUGGGGUUAUAUGUUCGUCCCGUAUUUGGAACCAUUAAAUGUUCCCUAAAGGCCUGUAUUCUACUAUUAACAGCAACUCGAGGGGGUAUAAACCACUUAAUGUUCUGUGGCACAUAAAGAUCAUUUUGGGAACCCCUUUUUCUCGAAUGUUCCAAAUAUGGCAUAAAAGGGUUCAUAUUCGCACCUUUUUUGUAAGAGUGAAAUAAAAAAGGCUGUAAUUACACUAACCUCGAGUGAUCCAUUUCCUUGCGUUUCAUACGUCACGUAGUUGGAAUAGACCCAUUCGUAGAAAUUAGUUGCGUUCACAUCAUCGCUGAAAAUCAUCUUAUUACCUUUUGAAUCGUAUCGUGAUCGGACUAUUUCUGGGAGGGCGUUAUAAGCAGAGCGGUAGGCUUCCUUUUCACACACAAAAUAUGAAAAAACGGAUUGUUAAUAACUUAACAGGAGUUAAAUUGGCAUUUACUUUAUAAUUUUUUAUAAGCUAGGUUUACCUAAUAUUCGCCAUAAAGCAAACAUGCAUGUUUUUGGGGUAAAAUAUCACCAAAUUUAUUUGUAUGAAAACCAGUGGCAGAUACAUAUAGAAGCACAUCCGGCGCGUACAACCCCCCCCCCCCCCUCCUUUGACAGGCACAAAAAAUAGGUUAUAGUGUAUAAUACGCAAGUGAUGACCUUUCUUUGGUAAGAUUUUUCCUGUGCAAAAUACCCCCCCCCCCCUUCUGGAAAAUGCUCGAUCCGUCCCUGGUGAAAACUCAAAAGUUAUCCUCGUUAUAUAACUUUUAGCCAUUAUACAAGGUAUCAAAUACCUUUUUAAAUAAAUUUGGGGUAAUUUGUUAAUCAACCUUUCACGUGGAAGAUGGUUGAGUGCCGGUCCGUUUAUAUUAUCGAAUCAGAUGGGAUGUUAUUUCAUUUUCUGCUGUAGCACUGGUUAAUUUCUAAUUUAGAUUUUUAUGUUUGGAUUACGAGAUGUUUUUUCCCCCUGUAAUUAAUUCACCAUUUACGAAAUUUCAAUAGUAGUGGUUUGAGAUUGGAAUCAACAUUCAAAUUACUUAUUGAAAAGUAAAAAAUACAACCAGGCCACAGUUUCAAGAAUUUGUCUCUUUAUAGUCGAGCCACCAUAUCUUAGCGAAAAUGACCAGCUGGUUUUAAACUGCCCCAAAACUGAAUGGCAUAAGACGUUUCUUGUUUCAAGGCGGAAAGCUAUAACAUGUAUAAUGGAACAAGUUGACAUCGUUCAUCCCUCCUGACACUUCUCUUACUACCUUCAAGAUAAAGCUUAGGACCACAUUAUCUCAUCACCUAUUAUAAUUCCCCCUUACUGCAUGCCCCCCCCCCCCACCAUCCUCCAUCCCAUUUUUUGUUAUAUUUGUAUACACGGCAAAAACUCUGGUGUUGAUUUAACACCAGCCCAUAAUCUACAUGUAUAUAUGUCCACACCAAAGAAGUGUUAAACAACACCAGCUUCGUUUUGGUCUAACACCAGAUAGGUGUUUAUAUAUACAACACCAAUUAGUAUUAAAACAGCAUAGGUUUGAUUCAAAACUGGUGUUGUUUCAAUACUUCUCUGGUGUGGAUAUAUAUAGAUUCCGGGCUGAUGUUAAAUCAACACCGGAGUUUUUGCAGAGUAAGAUGUAAUUUUGUAGUCGUACCUUACCUUGUAGGAUUGAUUUAUGUUUUCUUUUACAUAUGUAUUCGUUCGUACAUUGUAUGUUUGUAUUUUUUAAAUGUAUCCACUGGACCCCUCAGAAGAACAGCCUGUGGCUGAAGAGGGCCAUCCAGCCCACGAGUGGAAAAUAAAUAAAUAAAAUAAAUCACACAUUUUAGAAUCUCUUGAACUUAAA